AUGGUUGAUGGAAGGGUGAAAGUCUCUAGCGCAAAGGUUUCUAGUGGCAUCAGCGAAUGCACCAACAACAUGAGUGAUCUAAAUGUCAAACUGAGUUAUAGUCGUAGUUAG